UGGAAGUUUAAGUUGUGCUUUUUUUUAACAGGUGUGCUGCAACUUAAAGCUGCAGAAUGCAGAAUCUGACUGAACUUCCUUUUAAUGCAACUUCCCAGAAAAGCCUGUCUGUUAUCAUCAAAGUAUGUGCAGUUAUCCCCUUCUUCUGCACCUUCCUCUUCUGCAUUGUUGUCAUGCUGCAUGUGUUUGCAUCUCACAGGCAGUUCCUAAACACUUCACGUUACAUCCUGUUUGCCCACAUGUUGAUCAAUGACACCCUGCAGCUUCUGUCCUCUGUGCUGCUUUUCCUACUUGUAAUGGGUCAGGUAAAAUUUCCCAUUUUCUAUUGUGUUCCUCUGCUGUUCAUAUCCACUGUUACUUAUCAGAACACACCUUUAAUCCUGGCUGCAAUGUCCCUGGAGCGUUAUGUUGCCAUCUUCUAUCCCCUGCAGCGCCCGGCCACCUGGCGCUCAGGCCGUAUCUGGAUCAUUAAUCUUUGUCUGUGGCUUACAAGUUGCAUGUUCCACAUCAUUGAGUACUCCAUCAGAAAACAGCGUCCUGCUGUAGAUGUCCUCUCUACACCUGUACUCUGCAAAAAUAUACUUAUCAACUCAUCUCCAAUCCAAGCAUUAUUCAGAACUGCUGUGAGUGUGAUGUUCUUUGCAGUUGUGGCUGUUGUCAUCUUCUUCACAUAUGUGAGAAUCCUGCUGGAAACCAGGAAGCUGAGACAGGACAGAGUAUCUGUGAAUAAAGCCAAGCACACUGUGCUGCUGCACGGCUUUCAGCUGCUUCUGUGCAUGUUGGCUUUCACGCUCCCCAUCACUGAAAGUCUCACAUUGUUAUACACUAACUGGCCAGUGGAAGACAUUGCCUUUUUCAAUUAUUUCUGUUUUAUCCUAAUCCCACGCUUUCUUAGCCCACUCAUCUACGGCUUCAGAGAUCACAGUCUGAGGGGCUACAUUGGGAAAACAUUCCUCUGCUGCUUAGACACAGUCAAGCCCCAUUUCAGAAGCAAACAGCAGGACAGCUUGUCUGCUUUAUGAAAAAAACAGUUUAGACUCCUGCAGAAAACCUGUUCAGAGUAUCUGCAUCUCUGUCUGUCGGUUGCCCGAAUGAACACUAAUGAACAGCAAUUUUUUAUACUGUGAUUAUUUUUUUCAUUCACACUGGCCAUGAACAGAUUCCUUCUUAUACUGCACGUGGAACAAACUAAUAUCAUGAAGUGACAGUAAGUGGAAAAAGUUACACUGAAGCGAAAACAAACUCUUUGUAUUACUGUUCCUCCUCUAAAGCUCAACAUAUAUACAUGUAUAUAUAAAUGCUAAAUUAAGAUAUCCACUUUAUUUGUCUGAUUAAUAUGUUUCUAAAGCUUCAUAUUACCUUCACAUAUUUUUGCACAGAACAGGGAAUCUGACUCAUGAAAGGGGCUCUGUAAUUAUCAGGUAAAUAUUUACAGUGAAUAAAAAAAAAAAUUCCAGUGGUAAUUUGAGCACAUAAAUAUUGAUUUGACUUCUUUUCCUUAAAAAGGCCAAUAAAAGGUGUCUAAAAUCUUAAUAAGAAACUCGUCAUGUUGGUCAUGUGUUUGUGUCAGAUUGCAUGUUUGACUAAAAGUGUGAUAUUUGCACUAAUAAAUGUUUGACAACUCCAUUACAUCCCUAACCUACAAUAGUUGUUUGAGUUUAGAGCGAAUCUCAGAAAAUACUUUUUUAUUCUUGUUUCAAUUUUGUCACUUUGUUA